CCGGCGGCGGGCGGGAGCUCGCGCCGCAGUGUCCCCGCGCCGCGGCCCCAGCGCAGCCGCCGGGCGGAGGCGGAGGAGGAGGAGGAGGAGGAUUCCGCGCCCCUCCCGCGCCCCUCCGCCGGCCAGCAUGGGAGCGGGCGGCAGCGCCGGCAGGUGCUGACAACGCUGGGGAGACACUGUGAGUGCUGCUGACCCGGAGCCUUUCCAGCUGGGGCCGAGGGCCGUUGCAGAGGAUGAGGAUCCUUCCCAGCCCUGGGAUGUCUUCGCUGGUCUCCCUCGUGAACCUCCUCUCCGUGCUGCUCAUCGGCUGCGUAGCUGAAAGUCCCCCUGUGUUCAUUAAAAAACCUGUUGAUCAGAUUGGUGUGUCAGGAGGGGUGGCCUCCUUCGUAUGCCAAGCAACUGGAGACCCAAAACCACGAGUCACCUGGAACAAGAAAGGGAAGAAAGUGAACUCUCAGAGGUUUGAGACAAUUGAAUUUGAUGAAAGUGCUGGUGCUGUUUUGAGGAUCCAACCGCUCCGGACUCCCCGAGACGAGAACAUCUACGAGUGUGUUGCUCAGAACCCUCAUGGGGAGGUCACUGUCCAUGCCAAGCUCACUGUCCUCCGAGAGGACCAGUUACCUCCUGGCUUCCCAAACAUUGAUAUGGGGCCGCAGCUGAAAGUGGUGGAGCGGACCCGAACAGCCACGAUGCUCUGUGCUGCCAGUGGGAACCCAGACCCUGAGAUCACUUGGUUUAAAGAUUUCCUGCCUGUCGACCCCAGUGCCAGCAAUGGGAGAAUAAAGCAACUGAGAUCAGGUGGCCUGCAGAUCGAAAGCAGCGAGGAGACAGACCAGGGGAAGUAUGAAUGUGUCGCCAGCAACAGCGCCGGGGUGCGCUACUCCUCCCCUGCUAACCUUUACGUGAGAGUUCGCCGUGUGGCCCCGCGCUUCUCCAUCUUACCCGUCAGCCACGAAAUCAUGCCCGGGGGCAACGUCAACAUCACCUGCGUGGCCGUGGGUUCUCCCAUGCCAUACGUCAAGUGGAUGCAGGGAGCAGAGGACCUGACGCCUGAGGAUGACAUGCCCGUGGGCCGUAAUGUCUUGGAGCUCACGGAUGUCAAGGAUUCAGCCAACUACACGUGUGUGGCCAUGUCCAGUCUGGGAGUCAUAGAAGCAGUUGCUCAGAUCACGGUGAAAUCACUCCCCAAGGCUCCUGGGACUCCAGUGGUGACAGAGACGACAGCAACGAGUAUCACCAUCACCUGGGACUCUGGAAAUCCAGACCCCGUGUCCUACUAUGUCAUUGAGUACAAGUCUAAAAGCCAGGACGGACCGUAUCAGAUCAAAGAGGACAUCACCACCACGCGCUACAGCAUCGGGGGGCUCAGCCCCAACUCCGAGUACGAGAUCUGGGUCUCUGCGGUCAACAGCAUUGGGCAGGGGCCUCCCAGCGAGUCGGUCGUCACUCGCACAGGGGAACAAGCUCCUGCCAGUGCCCCCCGGAACGUGCAGGGCCGGAUGCUGAGCAGCACCACCAUGAUCAUCCAGUGGGAGGAACCGGUGGAGCCCAACGGGCAGAUCCGUGGCUAUCGCGUGUAUUACACCAUGGAGCCCGACCAGCCCGUCAGCAACUGGCAGAAGCACAAUGUGGAUGACAGCCUGCUGACCACCGUGGGCAGCCUUCUGGAGGAUGAAACCUACACAGUCCGGGUCCUGGCCUUCACCUCCGUGGGAGAUGGGCCUCUUUCCGACCCCAUCCAGGUUAAGACACAGCAAGGAGUUCCCGGGCAGCCCAUGAACUUCCGAGCAGAAGCCAAGACAGAGACGAGCAUUGUGUUGUCCUGGAGCCCUCCCCGCCAGGAGAUCGUAGUGAAGUACGAGCUCCUCUAUAAGGAAGGAGACCACGGCAAGGAGGUGCCAAGGAACUUUGAGCCAACGACGUCCUUCACCGUGGAAGGCCUGAAGCCCAACACUGAGUAUGUCUUCCGGCUGGCGGCCCGCUCGGCUCUGGGCCUGGGGGCCUUCACCCCGGAGGUCCGAGAGCGCACCUUGCAGUCUAAACCGUCUGCCCCCCCUCAAGACGUAAAAUGCGUCAGCACCAGAUCCACCGCCAUUCUGGUAAGUUGGCGGCCGCCUCCGGCUGAGAGCCAGAACGGCAUCCUGGCUGGAUACAGCGUCUACUAUCGAGCCCUGGAUUCUGAGGACACGGAGCUUAAGGAGGUGAAUGAUAUCCCCCCAAGCACCAGUCAGAUCCUCCUGGAAUCCCUGGAGAAAUGGACAGAGUAUCGCGUCACCGUGGUGGCUCACACGGAGGUGGGGCCGGGCCCAGAGAGCUCGCCAGUCAUCGUCCGCACCGAUGAAGAUGUGCCCAGCGCUCCUCCACGCAAGGUGGAGGUUGAGGUGCUCAACUCCACGGCCAUCCAGGUGUUCUGGCGCUCGCCCGUGCAGAGCCGCCAGCACGGCCAGAUCCGCGGCUACCAGGUGCACUACGUCCGUAUGGAGAACGGAGAGGCCAGGGGGCUUCCACACAUCAAGGACAUCAUGCUGGCUGAUGCCCAGGAGAUGAUCAUUGCUGGGCUCCAGCCUGAGACUGCAUAUUCCAUCACUGUAGCUGCCUACACCAUGAAGGGAGAUGGUGCUCGCAGCAAACCCAAGGUGGUGACCACCAAGGGUGCAGUCCCAGGGAAGCCCAUCCUGUCGGUGCACCAGACCGAGGAGAACACUCUGCUGGUGAAGUGGGAGCCCCCGUUAGACGCCGAGGGCCAGGUGCUGGGCUACAGGCUCCAGUUUGGCCGCAAGGACGUCGAGCCCUUGGCUACCUUGGAGUUCCCAGCCCUGGAGGAUAAGUACACGGCUCCCAGCAUCCACAAAGGCGCCACGUACGUGUUCAAGCUGGCCGUGAAAAGCCGGGCUGGCUUCGGGGAGGAAGCCGUGCAGGAGCUCACGACCCCUGAAGACAUCCCCAAAGGUUACCCCCAAAUCCUCGAGGCGAGCAACAUCACGUCGGUGUCGGUGCAGUUUGGCUGGCUGCCCCCCGUGCUGGCCGAGAGGAACGGAGCCAUCGUCAAAUACACCGUGGCCUACCGGGAAACGGGCUCUGGCGGGACCCCGCUGGAGAAAGAGCUGCCCCCCUCCCCAGAGAACUCCUACACCCUCAACGGCCUCAAACCCAACACCGCCUAUGACGUUAAAAUCCGUGCUCACACCAGUAAAGGCCCCGGGCCCUACAGCCCGACCGUCCAGUAUCGGACGUUCCAGCUGGAUCAAGUUUUACCCAAAAACUUCAAGGUGAAGAUGGUGACAAAGACAUCUGUCCUUCUGAGCUGGGAGUUUCCCGAGAACUACAACUCUCCCACCCCAUACAAGAUCCAGUACAACGGGCUGAACGUGGACGUGGACGGCCGCACCACCAAGAAGCUCAUCACCCACCUGAAGCCUCGCACCUUCUACAACUUUGUGCUCAUGAACAGGGGCAACAGCAUGGGGGGGCUGCAGCAGAACGUUGCUGCCUGGACUGCUGCUGACAUGUUGGCAAAGAAACCAGAGGUGACCCACAAGCCUGAUGCUGAUGGCAACGUGGUGGUGAUUCUCCCAGACGUGAAGAGCUCGGUGCCUGUCCAAGCUUACUACAUUGUGGUGGUGCCUCUGAGGAAGUCCCGGGGAGGACAGUUCCUGAACCCCUUGGGCAGCCCUGAGGAGAUGGACCUGGAGGAGCUGGUCCAGGACAUCGCCCGGCUGCGGCGCCGAAGCCUGCGGCACUCCCGGCAGCUGGACUUCCCCAAGCCCUACAUCGCAGCCCGCUUCCGCAGCCUCCCCUCCCACUUCAUCCUGGGGGACAUGAAGCACUACGAUAAUUUCGAGAACAGAGCCCUGGAGCCAGGGCAGAAAUAUGUCAUCUUCAUCCUGGCAGUGCUCCAGGAGCCCGAGGCUACUUUUGCUGCCAGUCCAUUCUCUGACCCCAUCCAGCUGGACAACCCCGAUCCACAGCCCAUCAUUGAUGGAGAAGAAGGACUCAUCUGGGUCAUUGGGCCUGUCCUGGCUGUGGUGUUCAUCAUCUGCAUUGUCAUUGCCAUUCUGCUCUACAAAAACAAGCCAGACAGCAAACGGAAAGAUUCAGAGCCCAGGACAAAAUGCCUCUUGAACAACGCGGAAAUCGCCCCUCACCACCCGAAGGACCCCGUGGAAAUGAGACGCAUCAACUUCCAGACGCCAGAUUCUGGUCUGAGCAGCCCUCUCAGUGACCCUGAGUUUGACUUUGAAAGUAUGCUCAGCCACCCACCAAUCCCCGUUUCCGAGCUGGCUGAACACACAGAGCAUCUCAAAGCUAAUGAUAACCUGAAAUUGUCCCAAGAGUAUGAGUCCAUUGACCCUGGCCAGCAGUUCACCUGGGAGCACUCCAACCUGGAAGUGAACAAGCCCAAGAACCGUUACGCCAACGUCAUUGCCUACGACCACUCCCGCGUCAUCCUGCUGCCCAUCGAAGGAAUCGUGGGCAGCGACUACAUCAACGCCAACUACAUCGAUGGCUACCGCAAGCAGAAUGCCUACAUUGCCACCCAGGGGCCUCUGCCAGAGACCUUUGGGGACUUCUGGAGGAUGGUGUGGGAGCAGCGUUCAGCUACUAUUGUUAUGAUGACUAAGCUGGAGGAGAAAUCACGGAUCAAGUGUGAUCAGUACUGGCCAGGCCGAGGCACAGACACCUACGGCAUGAUCCAGGUGACGUUGCUGGAUACCAUCGAGUUGGCCACGUUCUGCGUUCGGACCUUCUCCCUGCACAAGAAUGGCUCCAGUGAGAAGCGGGAGGUUCGCCAGUUCCAGUUCACAGCGUGGCCUGACCACGGGGUGCCCGAGUACCCCACUCCCUUCCUGGCUUUCCUGAGGAGGGUCAAAACCUGCAACCCCCCUGAUGCUGGUCCCAUCGUGGUGCACUGCAGCGCGGGGGUUGGUCGCACCGGCUGCUUCAUCGUCAUUGACGCCAUGCUGGAGCGCAUCAAGCACGAGAAGACCGUGGACAUCUACGGCCACGUCACCCUCAUGAGGUCCCAGCGCAACUACAUGGUACAGACAGAGGACCAGUACAGCUUUAUCCACGAUGCCUUGCUCGAGGCUGUUGCUUGUGGCAACACAGAGGUGCCAGCGAGGAACCUCUACAGCUACAUCCAGAAACUGGCGCAGAUCGAGGUCGGGGAGCACGUGACGGGCAUGGAGCUGGAGUUCAAGAGACUGGCCAACUCCAAGGCCCACACGUCCAGGUUCAUCAGUGCCAACCUGCCAUGCAACAAGUUCAAGAAUCGCCUUGUCAACAUCAUGCCCUACGAGACCACCCGGGUGUGCCUGCAGCCCAUCCGAGGGGUGGAGGGCUCUGACUACAUCAAUGCCAGCUUCAUCGAUGGCUACAGGCAGCAGAAGGCUUACAUUGCCACCCAAGGGCCCCUGGCAGAGACCACAGAGGAUUUCUGGAGGAUGCUGUGGGAGAACAACUCCACCAUCGUCGUGAUGCUGACGAAGCUUCGCGAGAUGGGCCGGGAAAAGUGCCACCAGUACUGGCCAGCAGAACGCUCUGCCAGGUACCAGUACUUCGUGGUGGAUCCCAUGGCCGAGUACAACAUGCCUCAGUACAUCCUGCGGGAGUUCAAGGUCACGGAUGCCAGGGAUGGUCAGUCACGAACUGUUCGUCAGUUCCAGUUCACUGACUGGCCAGAACAGGGUGUGCCAAAGUCAGGAGAAGGGUUUAUUGAUUUCAUCGGGCAGGUGCAUAAGACCAAGGAACAGUUUGGCCAGGAUGGCCCCAUCUCUGUCCACUGCAGUGCUGGCGUGGGCAGGACUGGGGUGUUCAUCACCCUGAGCAUCGUCCUGGAGAGGAUGCGCUACGAGGGGGUUGUAGAUAUUUUCCAGACAGUAAAGAUGCUGCGAACACAACGACCUGCCAUGGUGCAGACAGAGGAUGAAUACCAGUUCUGUUACCAGGCAGCUCUGGAGUAUCUGGGAAGUUUUGAUCACUAUGCAACAUAAAAAGCCAUCCGUUGUGCAGACUCUACCAACCACUUAAGUCCUGGAAGGCCUCUUUAGACCCAGGAGGAGAGCUUGAACUUACAAACUGAAUCAGAAGAAGUACCUUUUCAUCUGGACAAUGCAUCGGGGAGCGGGGGAAGGACUGAGAGGGACACCCCUUCAGGAACUCCAUGUUGUAACCUGGACCGUGAAGAGGCAGCUCAGGAGAUUGCUGAAGGACUUGGGCUUUGAAGUGGUGAACUGCUCUUGUUACCUCAAGUGGUGUUGGCUGUGGAGGAUGGGAUGGACAUCAUGGAACAGAUCCAGAAGCUCAAACACACCUUGGGAGACGUUGUGGCUGGAGAAGGGAAGGAAACGAAACCGCCUUUGGUUACAUCAUCAGAGUUCAGUUUAGUUACUAAUCUAGUUGGCAGUCUUUAAAGGAAGUCACUUGCAGAAUGGGAGGUGUCCUGUAAAAGAUAAGGAGCUAAAUCUCAACACUUAGGCAAACUUAGGGUCAGGAGUUUCUUCUAGCUGGAGUCUUAAUAAACCUCAGUGUCGACAUUGGGAGGAUCCUGGGCUUUGCAGGCACCUUGCACACAGCAUCCACGGAAUGGCCUGCCACACCAGAGGUUUUCUAGCUCACCUUUUGAAUACUUGGAACAUUCCUCAUUUCUUCUAAUUCCAAAAUUUAUUUUUUAAGGAUAUUUAAAAGUAUAGAGAAGGAGAAAAAGAGAGAAAGAGAGAGAAAGGGGGGAACCCCAGACCCGGCUGCGUGGUGGGGCCCCCUCCCCUUGUGCCCUGCUGGCACAGGUAGAGCUGGCAGCUCCCUGGGGUUGGGUUUGCUGGCUGCUGGUUCUGUGCCCCACUUUGUCAGCACACCCAUCUAACACCAAGGCAUUCAUUCAAGCAGUGCUGGGACACCCCCCCUACAAAAAAAGAGCAGCCCUUUUCCCAUCCUCUUUGCACCCUCACACAAGCUCCCAGCAGCUGGGCCGCCCCGUGGGGAGCAUCUCUCUUCCAGGAGCCCAAGCAGCACCCUUAAAGAGAUUCAAUUCCCACUGGCCAAGUGCUUCUUGCUGCCAUCCCCUCACCUCAGAGCACAGCAGCUCUCCAGGAGCAACGCAGAGACUCUCAGGACUGGCCCAAUGCCACGUGGCACAGCUCCAGCAACACCCCAGGCUGUGCAGAGAAACUGGGAAAGACCAAGGGAGAUGCAUUGAGAGGCAGAUCCUGUGAGUGGCUUUCUUUAAAGUCUCCAUGUGACUGUCCCAAGUUGACAUCACCUUUUCUUUUGGGUUUGAUUUUUAAACUGUGUCUUUUCAUUUUCCUUCCUUCUUCUGUUUUUUUUUUUUUUAAUUAAAACAAAACACAACAAAAAAGAGACAAAGACUCAGAGAGGAGGAUGGAGAGGAGGAAACUUUGCUUAUUUGUUCAUAUUCUGUUCAAAGACAAGUCUAUUUUUUCACUGUAGAAAUGUUCUGUGUAAUGGCUGUGAUAUAUAAAGAUGCAGUGCAAAUUGCUACUUCUACAUAUUGCUUUUCUACCAUUUAAAGAAGGUUUUAACUCACUCAUGUAACAACAACCAACAACAGAAAUGUCCUUUCUGGAUAUUCUUUUGAUCUUUUUUUAAUUGCUUUUGGGUUCUUGGAGAUCACAGACAUAUCACAGCUGUGGGUGAGGAGCAGGCAGUGCCACCCCCUCCCCUGCAGCUCUGACCAGGGCCAGGGGGGAAAGGGGAGAUGAAACCACAUCACACUGGCUGCACACACACACACAGACAGACAGCACACACAGGGCUUGUACCAGCAAAGGCAGAUUGUAGGUGACAGCCCAAAGCUGUCUGUGGGCUGGGUUGAAGGUAGAAUCCUCUUGCAGGUGUCCAUGAGCAGGAGUUUCCUUGCAGAGGAGCACAGAGUGGCAUCAGAACCACGGAGUGGUGGGGGUUGGAAGGGACCUUCAGAGAUCAUCCAGCCCAACCCCUGCAGAAGCAGGUUCAGAAGCAGCUCCACCCUGCCCUGACCACUCCUUGCCUGGGACUUUUUCUUUCUCCCUUUGUUUUUGUUUCUCUGGAAGGGGUUUAUCAUGGCCAUCAAGUGCUACCCAGCAACCUCACCACAGGCUAUUCCCUGUCUGUAGCUGAGAAAACAAACCAACCAACCAACCAACCAAGGCAACAAAGGAAAGGCUUCUUCGAGAUUUUACUUCUUAUUUGUGUGAAAGUUGCCCAAACAUUUCUAAGUAUGUUGCAGCAAAACCUUACUGGAGGAGUUGGGGGGAGGGGGGGAGGUUGGUUUUCUUUCUUUUCCUUUGUAUGAGAGCAAAGUGCUGUUGCUUUCACACUGUUAUUUCAAACUGAAACAGUAAGUGGUUUUCAUACCACUGUGUAUGUAGAUAUAUUGACUUUGUA